AUGGCGGUUGGAUCUGAACAGCAACGAGUGGGAGCAGCUGAACCUCAAGGGCGCCCCCUCGCCCCGCUCCGGCCACCGCAUGGUGAGGCCACCGCAUGCUACUUCAACGACCUGCAUGUGUUGGACCUCAACGACAUGAAGGCACGUGCCCUUGCACCCUUGGCCCCUGCUGCUCCUUCAACUCGUUGGUGCGAGGUGAAACCCAAGCCGGGGGCGGCGUGGCCCUCCCCCCGCAGUGCCUUCCAGUUCGCCGCCCACCAGGACGAGGUGUAUGUGUACGGGGGCUACUUCAAGGAUCACGCCAAGGACGCGGAUGGCAAGGACAAGGGCGUCGUGCUCUCCGACCUCUGGCUGCUCGACCCGCGCUCCUUCGAGUGGAACAAGGUAAAGCGGCUGGGGUCGCCACCGAGUGCGAGGGCGGGCUUCUCCCUGGCGGUGCACCGCAGCCGUGCCAUUCUCUUUGGGGGCGUCAUGGACCGCGAGGAGAAAGGUAAGCUCGCCCCCCCGCCCUUGCCAUUCCCCCCCCCGCCCUUGCCAUCCCCCCCCCCACACUUGCCAUUCCCCCCCCGCCCUUGCCAUCCCCCCCCCCCCGCCUUGCCAUCCCCCCCCCCACCCUUGCCAUUCCCCCCCCGCCCUUGCCAUUCCUCCCCCCGCCCUUGCCAUUCCCCCCCCCGCCCUUGCCAUUCCCCCCCCCUCGCCCUUGCCAUUCCCCCCACGCCCUUGCCAUUCCCCCCCCGCCCUUGCCAUUCCCCCCCCGCCCUUGCCAUUCCUCCCCCCGCCCUUGCCAUUCCCCCCCCCGCCCUUGCCAUUCCCCCCCCCCUCGCCCUUGCCAUUCCCCCCACGCCCUUGCCAUUCCCCCCCCGCCCUUGCCAUUCCCCCCCCGCCCUUGCCAUUCCCCCCCCGCCCUUGCCAUUCCCCCCCCGCCCUUGCCAUCUUCUCCCCGCCGAUGCCCCCUCCCCCCCGCCCUUGCCCUCUCCCCUCUGCUCACUCUCAUUCGGCCACCUUCCCUCGGUUCACGUCUCCUCUGCCAAACCUCCCACAACACCAUUUCUUGUUGCUCUUACACCUGCUGCUACCCCUCCUCCUCCUCCUCCGGUCCUCCCACCCGGCCCCCCAUGGUGCAGGCGGCGAUGUGCUGCGCAGCACGUGUCUGGGCGACAUGGUUGCCUUCCACAUGCACUCGCGCCGCUGCUUCCCCCUCCUCCUGCGCUCCCAGCAACAGGCCCGGGCGGCUGCCAGGAAGGCAGAGGUGAGCCAGCAGAGAGGGAGGCAGAAGAGAUAGUGGAAGGAGGGAGGCAGUCCACCCCUCCACUUGUAUUUGCCCCCCUCCACCACAUUUGCCCCUGUCGACCCCCUCUCUCCACUUCUCCACCCCUCGUUUCCCCUCUCCACCCCUCUUUUCCCCUCUCCACCCCUCUUUUCCCCUCUCCACCCCUCUUUUCCCCUCUCCAUCCCUCCUUUCCCCUUUCCACCCGCCUUUGCCCCUUCCUACCCCUAUUUGCCCCUCGAACCCCUGUCGGCCAGCCAAAUGCAGGCAGUGCAGCAACGAGCGGCACACAGGCAGAUGGGGAGGAGGUGGAGGGCGAGAGUGACGAGGAGACGGAGGGGAGGAAGAGCAGGCAGGCAGGCAAUGAUGGUGAGAGCGAGGAGGAGGAGGAGGAGGUGACUGGGCGAAGGAAACAGAGACUGAAGCGGAAGGAGAGGAAGGGGGCCAAGUCGAAAGCAGCAGCUGCUGCAGCUGCAGCAGCAGGGGCGCAGGUGGAGUACGAUGGAGGCGAGGAGGAGUGGGAGGGGUGGGAGGAGGAGGAGGAGGAGGAGGCGGGGGAUGGCAGUGGGGGUGCGAGGGGGGGCGAGCAGGCGAUUGGCGGCACUGCAGCAGAGGGGAGUGCAGCACUGGGCGUGGAGGGAGGGGCAGGCAGCGGGGAUUGCGAGAUGGGUGAGGCGGGAGGGGUGGACGUGAGCAGGCAGGGGGCGGCAGAGGCAGAGGGGAGGGGCAGUGAGGGCGGAGAAUUAGCAGCAGGGAGGGCAAGGGAAGGGAGUGGCGGUGAGGUGGAGGGCGGGUUGCAGAGACUGAGCCUUGAGAGUGGCAGCGAGGUCGGCGGUGUGGGCGAUGAGGGCAGGCAGGAGGAUGCUGAGGGUAGCCAAGCGAAAGGGGCAGAUGAGGCAGGGGGGGAUGAGACAGGGGGAGGCGGAGAGGCAGCAGGGGAAGGGAAGGAGAGGAAGGAGGGGGAGGGGGGCGGGAAGGGGGAGCGAGGGGAGGCGCCGUGCAGCCGCAUGAAUGCGGGGCUGGCGGUGGGUGGCAACACGCUGUACCUGUGGGGGGGUGCCAAGGAGGUGGGCGACCGCGAGGUGACUCUGGACGACCUCUUCAGCCUCAACCUCUCCAAGCUCGACCACUGGACGUGCCUUCACAAGGGGUCAGAGAGCACAUGGGUGGAGGUGGCGGAGGAGGAGGAGGACGAUGAGGAGGAGAGCGGCCAUGAGGAGAGUGGGGAGGAAGAGGAGGACGAGGAUGAGUCGAGCGACGAUGAGACUUCAGCCAAGGCCACGGGCGGCGCCGCCACGGCGUCGGAGCUGGCAGCGGCGCUUCUGAGGGGCGAGGCUCCUGCGGGCGGCAAGCGCCAGCUGUCGCGCAAGGAGAGGCGGGCGGAGAUUGACCGGAUUCGCGCGGAUCUGGGGCUUGCAGACACGGCGAGGACGCCCAUUGUGAGUCGCGAGUCACAGGACUCCAUUCAGUGCCUGCACUUUGCCUGCCCCGGAGCACACGAGGUGCACCCCAUGGGGUUGAUUGCGUUCCUCAUCCUCCUGCCCCUCCCCCCCUCCGUGCCCCAGGAGCUGUGCAAGGAUGGCUUUGAGCUCUGUGAGGCGCGCUACCGCGACCUGCUGCCCGUCCUCACUGAGCUUGAGAAGCUGGAGGCCGAGCAGAAGGCGGAAGAGGAGGCAGAAGCGGCGUCCAACAAGAGCAAGGGGAAGAAGGAGAAGGGCAGGCCGGCAGCACGCAGAUGA